AUGGAUAUGAAUGGUUCCGGUGUUUUCAUUGUUAGCGCAUUACGUAGUCCUAUCGGCCGAAUGUCUGGUUGUUUAUCCGGUUUAUCAGCUCAUCAAUUGGGCAGUCAAGUAAUUUCAUCUGUGUUAGAUAAUGUUGUGGAAAAUUCAACCAAUCCAAAAGAAUUAAAAAAUCACAUUAUGGAACAUUUGGAAGAAGUGAUUCUUGGUCAAGUGUUGACAACAUCUACUGGACAGAAUCCCGCUAGACAAGCUGCUAUAUUAGCAGGAAUUCCUUAUUGUGUGCCUGCCUGGAGUGUAAAUAUGAUGUGUGGAUCAGGUUUGAAAUCUGUAUGUUUAGGUUUUGAUCGGUUAAGUCUUCCUUCCUCGGUGGAUGGGGGUUGGAUAAUAGCUGGUGGACAAGAAUCAAUGAGUCAAGCGCCACAUGCGACUCCUCCUAGAGCAUGUCUACGUCGUGCAGGGGGUCAAAAUACCUCAGAACUUCCAAAUUAUGGUAGUUUCAGUUUACUAGAUACAAUUAUGAAUGAUGCUUUAAUGGAUGCAUUCUGUAAUCUCCCUAUGGGUGGGACAGCUGAAAAUGUUGCAAAAAGAUUUGGAAUUAGCCGAGAAGAACAAGAUUUAUUCGCUUUAAGAUCACAAGAAAAAUAUGCAGCCGCUCUGAAAGCUGGUCAUUUUCUCAAUGAAAUAACACCAAUUAAAGUCCCAGCUAUUGGUAAAGAAGCAUCAAAAAUUAUUACUACAGAUGAACAUCCACGUCCAGAUACUACUUUAGUUAAAUUGUCAAAAUUACGACCAGCAUUUCAUGAAGAUACAAAUCAUGGGACAGUUACAGCAGGUAAUGCCAGUGGAGUAAAUGAUGGUGCAGCGAUUUUAUUACUCUGCCGUGGUGAUCAACUAUCAAAACUUGGUUCUCGUCGUCCUCUGGCUCGUAUUGUAGGUUGGCAUCAAGCUGGUCUCGAACCGGAACUGAUGGGCCUUGGUCCUAUUUACGCUAUUCGGGGACUAUUAUCUAAAAUUGGCUGGAAGAUGGAAUCCGUUGAUAUAUUUGAAAUCAAUGAGGCUUUUGCUUCUCAGUGUAUCGCUAUUGCUACUGAAUUGUGUAUAUUACCAGAGAAAUUGAAUAUAUCCGGUGGUGCAAUUGCAUUAGGUCAUCCAGUUGGAUGCAGUGGUGCUCGUAUAUUGGUCACAUUAGUGCAUACAUUACAACGGCUUUGUAAAGAUCAUGAUGUCAAUGGCGGUGAUCAUUCAACUGUAGUUCGACGAGGUGUAGCUGCUUUAUGUAUAGGUGGUGGAAUGGGAAUUGCAAUCGCUGUGGAGACAUGUGUUUGA